UUGCCUCUGGCUCUGGCUCUUCUGCUUUUGCGUAUCCGACUAGGAAAUUUCUGGACUCUAGUGGGCCAGCUUCAUCAAUUACAAGGGUCUUGAUGGGCCGAAACUGAUGGGCCUAUAUUUUAUUUUAAAAUUCGUCAAAUUUUAAAAUGAAUAUGAUUGAUUAGGACUUGGCCACUUUGGCGAACUUUUCUUCCUCGAUUGAACUGUGUUUUAUCAUUUCCUCCGAUCAAUCAUCGGAACAAGAUGCAGAAGCUGAACGAGCUCUUCUCUGGCGGCGGAGACGGCGAAGGCGCAAACGAUAGCUUCCUUGAAGAUGGAUCAGAGGGUCUCUGUUCUCUCUCCACAACUCAGAGAAUGUACGGAUUCGCCGCGUCUUUGGCCGCUGGUUUGCUUCUCAUGUUUCUGUCCAUGAUCGUGUUUGCCAUCCCCAUCAAGUUUGCACUGCUCUUCACAUUCGGAAAUGUUCUCGCUAUCGGAAGCACAGCCUUCCUCAUGGGACCUGAGCAACAGAUAAACAUGAUGUUGGACCCUGUUCGUCUCUACGCUACUUCCAUCUAUGGCGGAUGCGUUGUUCUUGCUCUCAUUUGCGCUCUCUUGAUCCACAGCAAAAUUUUGACGGUGAUUGCGAUCCUAUGCGAGACUUGUGCACUUAUUUGGUACAGCCUCAGUUAUAUCCCAUUUGCACGAAGAAUGGUCUCUGAAAUAAUGAUCCGUCUCUGUGACACCGAGCUAUAGUCAAUCUGAAAGGCAUACACACAAUCUCGCUUUUUACUCGUCUCGAGAAUUUGAGAUAUGAUUCUUCUUCAACACUUCUUGUUUUUUUUGUUUUGUUUGUUUGACCUGAUCCUGUGGUUUGUACGUGAAUCAGAAGUAACGCAAAUUGAGUUUCUUUGGUUGGGGACUUGAAGCUGUGUGUGUGUAUUUUUGUUGCUUCAGACUUGACAGUCACUUGACAUUUGUUUGAUAAGAGAUUUUACUUAUUCAUAUGA